UACCGUGAACUAUACCGGAGAUGCAUUUUAAGGGAAGUUUGCGCUCCUUUUAUCCCCUGUCAAUGUUUCUAAACUCGCACGCACGCACGCGCACACACACACGGGAAGCAGAAUUUCCACAUUCCGUUUGGAGUUGUACAGUGCUGGAAGGGACACACCUUCACUGGAGAGCCCCAGGAGAGAGGAGGGAGGGAUUAGUUCGUUAGCUUGACGUGAUAAGGAGGGCUUGGCUUCUUGUGUCUGCUGUUGUAAGCGUUUUACACUUGGACACAUACAGUACGGGCUGUGGAGGACAGGUUGACAGCCAUGGUCGUUGGCUGUGUCUGGACAUGUAGUGAAGACCAGGCAACAGGUUGACAGCCAUGGUCGUUAAAGAGAUGUUCUCUCGGUGGGCUCUACUGUUGUUGUGUACUCUGGCUGUGAUGACCGUCCACUCAGAGAGAUGUCAGUGUCCAGGAGCCACUGUUUUGGGCCAGUUCCCACCUUUCCUACCCGCUGAGGCCUGCUGUCUGAACUACUCCGGUUCCACGUUCGGCCAUGUUCCCUGGGCCAGGCUCACCAACGGGACCGGACUACAGGUCCUGGACCUGUCUCACUGUAACAUCACUCAGAUCGACCUGGAGGAUACAGAGACCACACUCUCUCCUCUCCAGGAGGUCUACCUGGGUCACAACAGAUUGAACACCAUCCCAGGGGACUUCCUGUCAGAUCUACCCAGCCUGAAGGUGCUGGAGCUGGGCAUGAACCAGCUGAGGGAGCUGCCUGAGGAUUUCCUCAAGGGAUCUGAUGGCCUCCAGGAGCUGGAUCUCAGGGGGAACCUCCUCCUCUCCCUCCCCACCUCUGUCCUCUCCCUGCCGGGCCUGGCGAGGCUGGAGCUGGGGGACAACCCCUGGGACUGCUCCUGUUCUCUGGUGGAGGGGCUGGAGGCCGGUGGGGCUAGCGAGGGGGGCCAGGGAAACAACAACAACACCAGCCUGCAAGGCAUCGUGGGUAACAUCACAUGUGCAUCUCCUCUGAGCCUGGCGGGGUGGCUCGUGUGGUCGGUGGCACCGGGAGACGUCUGCCGCUCUCCAGGUCUCACCGCACUUUUCAUCGUCCUGCCCCUCCUCAUCCUCAUGGGUCUGGUCCUCUGCUGGUGCUGCGGUAGGAAGAGGAAGAGCAAGGAGGCGCCCGCGUUCGGCUCUUCUAAGAGAAAGGCCUCUCACUCAUCCAACGGCCACCGACACCACCGCCGCUCUAAGCCCCCAGCGGGACGAGGAGGAGCGGGCAACGUCCCCGUGGUGGGGGACAGCAGCAGGGAGGGCAUUUUAAAGAACCAGCUCCUCCUACGACCCUCCUCCACCCUCCUGGCCUCCACCAGGGACAUCUAUGAGGAGGUGGAGAUAAAGCUAGGUGGCUCUGUGGAGUCUCUUCCCUCUCCCUCUCCUGGGUCGUCCUCCACAGUGGGGAUCUCGGCCUGGCCGGCGUCCCAGACAGAGAGCUCCGAGAUGGGCAUGUGCAGACAGGCAGAGCUGGACACGGUGAGUGUGACGGAGGUGAUGAAGGACUCGGCAGACAGGGAGAAGGCUUAUAUGACCCAGUCCACUGAAUACUACAGUCUGGUGCCUGGGAUGGACCUGGACGACUCGGAUCACGACUCUGAUCACGGCUAGGAUCACGCAGCGUACGAGAGCGUCGACCUGUCGUGAAAACGGACAUAGGUUCACUAGAGAGAGUGUAUGUGUUGAUAUAAUUCCAAAUCAACCCCCUAGCUCACCACCCCCUUGGUAUGUUACACCUUGACUGAGACAUCUGGUCAGGACACUGAAUAAGCAGUGAGAAUGGAAAACUAUUGUCUCUUUGACUGAAGAAUCACAAUUAUCUCACAGGAAGUGAUGUCACAUUGAGCUCUUCAGGAAGGGCUGACAUCAUCACUCUGAGCUCCACUUCCUGUGGGACCAGAGAGCAGCUCAGUCCACCGUGUGAACAGGACAGGGAGAGGAGAGAACAGGACAGGGAGAGGAGAGGACAUGGAGAGGAGAGGACAGGGAGAGGAGAGGACAGGGAGAGGACAGGACAGGACAGGGAGAGGAGAGGGAGAGGAGAGGACAGGGAGAGGAGAGGACAGAACAGGACAGGGAGAGGAGAGGACAGAACAGGACAGGGAGAGGAGAGGACAGGGAGAGGAGAGGACAGGGAGAGGAGAGGAGAGAACAGGGAGAGGAGAGAGAGGAGAGGACAGAACAGGACAGGGAGAGGAGAGGACCGGGAGAGGAGAGGACAGAACAGGGAGAGGAGAGAGAGAGGAGAGGACAGAACAGGACAGGGAGAGGAGAGGACAGGGAGAGGAGAGGACAGAACAGGGAGAGGAGAGGAGAGAACAGGACAGGGAGAGGAGAGGACAGAACAGGACAGGGAGAGGAGAGGACAGAACAGGACAGGGAGAGGAGAGGACAGGGAGAGGAGAGGACAGGGAGAGGAGAGGAGAGGAGAGAACAGGACAGGGAGAGGAGCGAACAGGACAGGGAGAGGAGAGGACAGGGAGAGGAGAGGACAGAACAGGACAGGGAGAGGAGAGGACAGGGAGAGGAGAGGAGAGGAGAGGACAGGGAGAGGAGAGGACAGGGAGAGGAGAGGAGAGGAGAGAACAGGACAGGGAGAGGAGAGAACAGGACAGGGAGAGGAGAGGACAGGGAGAGGAGAGGACAGAACAGGACAGGGAGAGGAGAGGACAGGGAGAGGAGAGGACAGGGAGAGGACAGGACAGAACAGGACAGGGAGAGGAGAGGACAGAACAGGACAGGGAGAGGAGAGGAGAGGACAGGACAGGGAGAGGAGAGGACAUGGAGAGGAGAGAACAGGACAGGGAGAGGAGAGGACAGGGAGAGGACAGGACAGAACAGGACAGGGAGAGGAGAGGACAGAACAGGACAGGGAGAGGACAGGGAGAGGAGAGGACAGGGAGAGGAUAGGACAGGGAAAGG